GUUGUACAAGAUUCGAUAGCAGCAUUUUAGUUCUAAUAAGAAAUUUUAUCAAUACUAAUACGCGGAACCAUUUUAAUUCCAACAAGAAAUUACCAGCAAUGCAACGGAAAAUGCUGGACACUGUGAAAAACUAUUGAAACUAUUCGAAAUCGUCGAAAAACAAAGGAAAUUCCAAUUGGAAAACCAAUCAAUUUAAAACGCUGUGCAAACAGGAUCAGGAUCACCAGCCAGUCGCACACCACCGAAAGCACAGCCGUGUGAUCCACCGCUGCUCCCCACACAGACACGCAAGGACAUCGCACAGAGGACCGAGGAGCGGCAGGAUUGUGAUCAGGAACAGCAUUAGGAACUGAAUUGGGAUCUAGAACAGCAGCAGCAGGAGUAGGCUCACGGAGGACGGAAUCGAUUCUACCACCAUGUUCACGGGCAAGCUGCAGAUCAAGGUGUGCGAGGCGAGCGGCCUGCGGCCCACAGACUUCCAGAAGCGCCACAAUCUCACCUUCGGCAAACUGGCCGACGAGCAGCUCAUCGAUCCCUAUGUCUCCAUAGAUGUGGACGAGAGUCACUUUGAUCGAGCCACCACACGGCCAAAGACAUUCGAUCCGGUUUGGAACGAGCAGUUCGUCCACGAUGUGUCCAAUGUUAGCAACAUCAACUUGACCGUCUUUCAUGAUGCCGCUCUGCCGCAUGACUUUGUGGCCAACUGCAUCAUCUCCUUCGAGGACCUCAUGCAGAGCGAGACGGCUGUUCAAGAUCUAUGGGUUAACUUGGAGCCCCAGGGAAAGAUACACGUCAUUAUUGAGCUGAAGAAUCGCACUGAUAAAGCCAAAGCCGAGGCUGUUGUGGAGCACACUGUAGCCGUCAACAAGGAGUUCAAAGAGCGUGCUGGAUUCAACCGCCGUCGCGGUGCCAUGCGUCGUCGUGUCCAUCAGGUGAAUGGUCACAAGUUCAUGGCAACGUUUUUGCGUCAACCCACCUUCUGUUCGCAUUGCCGCGAGUUUAUCUGGGGAAUUGGUAAACAAGGCUAUCAAUGUCAAGUCUGCACGUUAGUUGUACAUAAAAAAUGUCACCAGUCCGUGGUGUCCAAGUGUCCGGGCAUGCGAGAUGAGCAAACCAAAGUGGAGGUGGUGCCGGCGGGCCAGAGAUUCAAUGUGAAUGUGCCCCAUCGGUUUGUGGUGCACAGCUACAAGCGCUUCACCUUUUGCGACCACUGCGGUUCCCUGCUAUAUGGAUUGAUCAAGCAGGGAUUGCAAUGCGAGACCUGCGGGAUGAAUGUGCACAAGCGGUGCCAGAAGAAUGUGGCCAAUACGUGUGGCAUCAACACCAAGCAGAUGGCCGAGAUUCUCAGUUCGCUGGGCAUUUCGCCGGAUAAGCAGCAGCCGCGUCGCUCCAAGUACUUGAAUCAGCAGGGCGGCGAGGAUAACUAUGGGGCAUCCCUGGGCGGCGAUGGUGACGGUGCUCCGGGACAGUCAUUCCGCAGUGGUGCCCUAUCGGCGGACAGUUUGGCCAACUCGACGACGACGCUGACCAGUGGUUAUAAUAGCAGCAGCUGUAUGAGCCUGGCGGUGGGAGGAUCUGGAGGUGGUUCUGGCGCCACAGGAGAGACUCGUCCCGGCAAGUGCUCCUUGCUGGACUUCAAUUUCAUCAAGGUGCUGGGCAAGGGCUCCUUUGGCAAGGUGAUGCUGGCCGAGAAGAAGGGCACCGACGAGAUCUAUGCCAUCAAGGUGCUCAAGAAGGAUGCGAUCAUUCAGGACGACGACGUCGAUUGCACCAUGACCGAGAAGCGCAUCCUGGCGCUGGCCGCCAACCAUCCCUUCCUGACUGCGUUACAUUCCUGUUUCCAGACCCCGGACCGCCUGUUCUUCGUGAUGGAGUAUGUGAAUGGCGGCGAUCUAAUGUUCCAGAUACAGAAGGCGCGUCGUUUCGCCUCACGUGCCGCCUUCUAUGCGGCGGAGGUGACAUUGGCGCUGCAGUUCCUCCACACCCACGGCGUCAUCUACCGCGACCUGAAGCUGGACAACAUCCUGCUCGACCAGGAGGGUCAUUGCAAGCUGGGAUUUGGGAUGUGCAAGGAGGGCAUCAUGAACGGCAUGCUGACCACCAUUUGCGGCACCCCCGACUACAUUGCCCCAGAGAUCCUCAAGGAGCAGGAGUAUGGAGCCUCCGUCGACUGGUGGGCGCUGGGCGUCCUCAUGUACGAGAUGAUGGCCGGCCAGCCGCCGUUCGAGGCGGACAACGAGGACGAGCUCUUCGACUCCAUCAUGCACGACGAUGUCCUCUAUCCGGUUUGGCUGUCCCGCGAGGCCGUCUCCAUACUAAAGGGUUUUCUCACCAAGAAUCCGGAACAGCUGGGUUGCACUGGCGAUGAGAACGAGAUACGCAAGCAUCCAUUUUUCAGCAAGCUGGACUGGAAGGAGCUGGAGAAGCGCAACAUAAAGCCACCAUUCCGACCGAAAAUGAAAAAUCCACGCGAUGCCAACAACUUCGAUGCGGAGUUCACCAAGGAGGAUCCCGUACUCACACCUAUUGGAAACGACGUGGUGCGCUGCAUCAAUCAGGACGAAUUCGCCGGCUUCUCGUUUGUGAAUCCCAAAUUCGGGCCGGAACGCAAAGUCUACUAAGGACCAACGAUCCUAGUUCAUGUUCACCUACCAGUUUGAUUGGUCGCGAUGCGAUCUGGAGCCCCGCAGAGAUUGGGGCAAACCCUGGUCGGCGGCGUUACUGGUCAACCGGAUCGCCAUCGAGCCGAGCUGUCAUCCAGCGUGUAGCGCAACCCCUAGCACAAGCAGUCUAAUAUUUUCAUUUAUAGUAACGCCCCCCUCGUAUCUCCCCAUUGUUGUCUGUUUUCCGCCCCGUAGUCGUGGUCCUAGUUUCGUUAAAGGUCCCGUGUGUGUUGAUCACUCAUCCAGAACAUCCAAACUACCAGUGCCAAUUGCCGAAACUGCUAAGCUUCAACUUGAAUUAAAGGCGCACAAGGACGCGAAUUCUUCAGAUCUUGUCAUCCCCCAACCCCAAACGCCCCGAAAAACCUUAACCGCUUUAAGCUCCACACCUGUUGGAAUUUAUUUAUGUUGUUUGCCAAGCCCAAAAACCAACACAAAAAAUGUAGAAAAGAAGAAAAUGGAACCCCCACCCCAUCUAGUCAAUGCCCAGUGGCUGAGUGCAUUUUGUUAUUAGUUAUUUAUUGAUUGUUUGACGUGCCGAAUCUCAAGUUUCGCACUCACAGACCGACAGCAUCCAAGCAGAGCUCUAUUUAUGGGAGGCGAGGCACUUGCUCCAAGCGAAUCUCAAGGGAAUUUCUAACACAAUAGCCGCAAUGUGCCGUCUGUACUACACACAACAAAAAAAAAGAAAACAAACACACAAUACAUAAAAACGACCACAUAAAUCUAAUUUCAAUUUGUUUUAUGUAUUCGAAAUCUUGCACAACUUCCUUCUCAAGUAUUAAAGCGAUAUUAUUUUAAAAUUACCUUAUUGUUAUACAUAAAUAUUUAUAAAAGUGAAAAGAAAAAAAAAACAAAAAACAAAAUGAAGCCAAAAAACCCCUAAUACAAACGCAUACAAUUUACCAACAAAGAGAAAGUAAAGCUAACUAAUCAUAGAGAUAAAGCUAAAAACCCACAAAGAGAAUGUCUAUAAAAUUCAUAUUAAUUUAUGCUAAACAAAUUAUGAAUACAAGAAACCAAACGUGUUUAGUCUGUAAGCAAAUGAAGUGGAAGUUAGGAGACAAAACAAUAUUAACGUGUAUGUGUUGAUUUUAAAGCCAAAGACUCAAAAGCUAAGUUCUAUUCGAAACUAACUGCAUUCAAAUUGUAGCAUAAAUUUGAUUAAUACUAUUAUUAUUUACUCCAUAGCAAAACCCUAUUUCUGUUUCGUUUUCAGUCUAACACAGCAAGCGGAACUAUGCUAAAUUAAAUCUUGAAUGAAUAUAUAAUAAUAAUAAUAACUAUAAAGUGAAAGAAUAGCAAAGGAUGGAUAACAGAUGAUUUAUUAACUAUAAGCAGCGUUGUUAACUAAAAAUCGUAAGGCAAAGGCAGGCAUAAACACACAUUUGUAUGUAAUAAUAAACGCCCAGUGUCUAAUAAUAUUUGUGAAAUAGCGAGCCCAGCUAGUUACCCAUUUACAAUUUAAAUGUUAACCCAAAGUAUUUUCAAGAACGCAUUUUACCAAAAAAAGAAACAAACAAAUAAAAAGCAAGAGUAACAAAAAAUACGAUGAAUUCGAGGAGGAGUAUAGGCAAAAUGUUAAAAGCUAUGAAUAAUUUUUUAAGCAAUGCGCUCAAAGGCCUUUGCAAGGAUAGAGGCGCGUAUUCAAUUAAAACUAAAUAAAAAAAAACGUAUAAGAACAAGCAAAAUAAAGUAAAAACUCCAGCCAACAAGAUGAACUCAUAUGAACAUAGAUAUAGAUCCUUGAUACGGAUCGGGAAUAGGUCGAGAAAAUGGCUAAAUUGGCCAAUGGUUGAACAGAAAAAAAGGGUAAAUAUAAUAGGAGAGAAACAGAAAAGGGAUUAUAGAACAAAUCGCGUGACCGUAACCUGAGAACAAACUUACAAGUUAUAGGAAAAUGUGCAACCAAAAAUGUUAGCUCUAAGCUCUCACCAAAAAUACGCAAAGCUGAACGCUACCCCGCGCCCGCUGUUGUCUCCAUCUACUACUUACUAAAACCCCGAAAAACUUAUAGUAAAUAUAUAUCAUGGCUUGCCAAAAACCAAAACCAAACAAAAAAAAAACCAAGGGUUCUUGAACUAAACUCUGAAUGUACUCACUCGAUCAGCUUAGCAAACUUUUUCUGGAGCCGCGCAGCUCAAGCAAAACAAACACACACCCACUUACAUAUGUGCAACUUUUUCAUGUACCUUUCGCAUCUUAGAUACUUAAAUGGAUUAUUAACGGAAGCCCCCGAAAAAAUUGUUAACUGAUCUAAGGCAAAAACUACACACAAACUACUAAGAAAAUAUACUGAAUUAUUUAUGGAACGGCGUACAAAACUAAAGCGCAACAAAAAGAGUAAUAUGGUGGUUAGAAUGUGACGGAAUCAUUGCAAAAGUAAUAAUAUUCAUAAACACAGAAAGUAUUCAGAAAAAAACACUCACACAAAACACAAUGAGCACACACACACACAAAGCAGAUGAAAAACCAACUAAAACUGAGAAAAAACGGCAAAAAUAAAGUUUAAGUUAUGUUUAAACAAGAGAUAAAUAACUGUAACGGUAAAGUCGAAAGUCAACAGUUGAUAUGUUGUAAAAAAGCUAUUAAAUAAAAUGAAAAAAAAAUACAAAAAGAAAAAAAGAAAAGAUUACCAAGGCAGGCAAGUGAGCGUAAUUGAAUGUUAAAGAAGCUACUAAAUAAAUGGUAUGAGCAGAAGAUGUGUGCAAAGAUAACCAAAGAAAGCAAAAUUGAAAACAAGAAAAAUUGAUUUAUAACAUUAAGUGAAAACUAAUUAAUAAAUAAAGAGGUAACACCUAUGAAAAAUGUAA